UUUUUGACAAGCAAAGACGAUGCCUUCAAGUCUCAUCCAAUUGAAUUUCUUAAAUGAGGGUACUUUCUUUGGGAACUACAAACCCAAAACUGACAUUCCCGGGGUUGUCGAAAAGUACAUGAACAAGGAGCUGGAGCUUGAGAAAUUCAUCACUCACACAGUGCCAUUCUCAGAGAUCAACAAGGCCUUUGUUUACAUGUUGAAGGGAGAGAGUAUCCGUUGCAUCAUCACGAUGGGUGCUUGAAGCCAUUCUCUAGCCCUUGAAGCAGCCAAUUCUGAUGUCUACUUGUGUUUUAGCUGCCUUUAUGCACUUAGAGCAAUAAAAGAAACACAUCUCCUACUA